AUGGGCGAGCCUGAGUACAUGCCUGGGCCAGGUUUCCACGCUAUCCAGGAUAUGCACGGGUGCUACUUGGGACCAAAUGGUCAGUUCCUACACGGGCACUAUCAACAUGCCUAUGAUGGCUACAAUUACAUCACCCUAAACGAGGACCUGAGCUCCUGGACCUCAGCAGAUGCAGUGGCUCAGAUCACUCAACGCAAGUGGGAGGAGGCUGGCGUGGCAGAGGAAUACAAGACCUACCUGGAGGGCACAUGCGUGGAAACACUCCACAGAUUACUGGAAAAUUGGGAGGAAACUCAGCAACACUCAGUUGUCCAAGAUUGGCUCAGACCCAUACGCUCCGGGUCCCGGAGGAUGGGGGUCGCUGCGCUCCGAGCCCUUUUCCUGCUGCUGUCCGCACGCUUGUCCUGGGCUCAGACCCGCGUGGGCUCACACUCGCUGCGGUUUUUCUUCACCGCCGUGUCCCGGCCCGGCCUCGGGAAGCCCCGGUUCAUAGUCGUCGGCUAUGUAGACGACACGGAGAUCGUGAGCUUCGACAGCGACGCGGAGAAUCCGAGGAUGGAGCCGCGCGCGCCGUGGGUGGAGCAGGAUGGGCCAGAUUACUGGGAGCAGCAGACUAGCAUAGUCAGGACUCAAGCACAGCAGUUUGAAAGAAACUUGGUGACCUUAGUUCGUUUUUACAACAAGAGCGAGGACGACUCUCACACACUACAGUGGCUCCAAGGCUGCGAUGUGGGGACAGGUGGGCGCCUGCUUCGCUGGUACAACGAGCUCGCCUAUGAUGGCAUGGACUGCCUCAUCCUGGACGAAGACCUGAGUUCUUGGACAGCGGAGACCAGCACUGUAACUCAGAUUUCUCAGCACAAGUCAGAAGCCUACCUGAAGGACAACUGUUCAGAGCUGCUGCAGAAAUACCUGGAAAAAGGGGAGGAGAGGCUGCUGCGCUCAGAUCCCCCAAAGACACGUGUGACCCAUCACCCCAGAUCCAAAGGUGAAGUCACCCUGAGGUGCUGGGCCCUGGGCUUCUACCCUGCUGACAUCACCCUGACCUGGCAGUUGAAUGGGGAGGACCUGACCCAGGACAUGGAGUUUGUGGAGACCAGGCCUUCAGGGGAUGGAACCUUCCAGAAGUGGGCAGCUAUGGUGGUACCUUCUGGGCAGGAGCAGAAAUACACAUGCCAUGUGCAACAUGAAGGGCUGCCUGAGCCCCUCACCCUGAGAUGGGUGCCUGCUUGGUACAAUAAGCCCAAGUGGAUUGCUACCCUGAUUCUAGUUCCUCUCGUUUGUCUCACCUUGGUGCUUUGCAUAUGGGUGAAGAAGAAUGCAGGUGGGAGAGCAAGGCGUGACACCCAGGAAGCAGGCAAAGACAGUCCCCAAGACUCUAGCGAGAUUGUUGUGGAUGAUGGGGUAAGAUACGGGGUGGCACAGAAGACUCAUGAUGGGGAUGAAGAGGGUCUUUUGGAUUGGGACACUCUAAGUGAGGAGUGA